AUGUCGUGGUUACUGACCACUGCAACCGCAGAAGAAGCCCGCGCGAAAAGCGGCCUCAACUGGAGCGAGUGGGCAAAGUUCUACGCGUUCGCCAAAGAAGAGGCUAGGCGAUUGGCUUCGGAGCACCCCGAGUGGAACUGGACGAAUGUGCCUGCAUACGAGAAGACGAGAGUGCGGGAGAGCAUCAACGGCCAGCUGAGGCGUGAGGGCAUCUCUCCCCUAGGCGAGGACAUCAUACGAUGGCGCAUGUCGAUCUGUAUCCGGGAUGUGAAGCAGUGGGCAGUCAACAAGACCUGUAUGCCGAAGCGCAACUCGACGGCCGCCGUGGCCGCGGGCUCUGCCUACCACCAGGUGCCCCCUUCACGUCCCUACGACCCCGUACGAGACUUCUGA